CCGGGGCGGGCCGAUGCGCGGGCGCGGGGUUCCAGGCUCCUCCUCCGCCGCCGCGCCGGGGAUGCUGCUGCCGGGUACGCACCGGGAGCCCCGCGGAGCGCCGCGCCGCCGCGCAGAGGAGGCAGCGACCACCCGAGGCUCGCAGCUCCCGGGCGCAGCGAGGUCUUUGCUAUGAUCGCAGCAGCGGCCGUCUCUACUUGCUGCCCGGACCCCCUGCCGCGCGGUUCAGCCGGGCUCUGCUCCCCCCGCUGCAUGCCCCCCACCCGGGAGCAGCAUGGGCAGCGUCAGUAGCCUCAUCUCCGGCCACAGCUUCCACAGCAAGCACUGCCGAGCCUCCCAGUACAAGCUCCGCAAGUCAUCCCACCUGAAAAAACUCAACAGGUACUCGGACGGGCUGCUCCGCUUCGGCUUCUCCCAGGACUCCAGCCACAAGUCCAGCUCCAAAAGCAGCAAGAAUGAGGACUUCUUUUACAUCAAGGUCAGCCAGAAAUCGCACGGCUCCCACCGAGCGGACUAUACCUCGCUUGCCGGCGGGGAGCUGGGCAGCCAAGCCGGGACAAGCGGCAUGGAUUUCGGGACGCCCACGCCACAGAAGCUGAUGCCCUUUCCCGGUCAGCUGGAAGUGGGCGCAGAGAAGCCGACCGCACGACCGACCGCCUUCAAGCCGGUGCUGCCCCGCUCCAGCGCCAUCCUCCACUCCUCCCCGGAGAACGGGGGUCACCUCUCCCAGCAGCUGCACCCCCCGGACAAAACCAAGGAGCAGGAGCUGAAGCCGGUGCUGUGCUCGGGGGGUCUGUCCGACUCUGGCAGGAACUCCAUGUCCAGCCUCCCCACCCACAGCACCAACAGCAGCUACCAGCUCGACCCCCUCGUCACACCCAUGGGGCCCAUCAGCCGCUUUGGGGGCUCAGCCCACAACAUCUUGCAGUGCGCCAUCAUCCAGGACAGCAACAUGAUGAGCCUCAAGGCCAUGUCCUUCUCCGACGGGGGUAACAAGAUCCUCAACCCCGGCAAAGCCCCCCACCAUCACGCUGCCGAGAAGACCACUUGCAUCCGUUCGCCCAUCUCCACGGAUGAGUCCACCAUCCAGGAGCUGGAGCAGAAGCUGCUAGAGAGGGAGGGAGAGCUGCAGGAGCUUCAGUCGACCUUCGAGGAGAAAGAAGUCAGCUCCUGCCAGGCUUACGAAGAGAAGCAGCGGCGCUGCAAGGAAGAGCUGGAGGGCCUCAAGCAGAAAUGCAACAGCAAGCUCAAGCAAACCUCACAGAAAACCCAGCGGACACAGCAGGUCCUCCACCUCCAGGUGUUCCAGCUGCAGCAGGAGAAGAAGCAGCUCCGGGAGGAGCUGGAGAACCUCAUGAAAGAGCAAAACCUGCUGGAGACCAAGCUGAGGUCCUACGAGAAGGAGAAGACCAGCUUCGCCCCGGCGCUGGAGGAGACCCAGUGGGAGGUGUGCCAGAAGUCUGGUGAGAUAUCGCUCCUGAAGCAGCAGCUGAAGGAGUCCCAGACGGAGCUCAACACCAAGACCGCCGAGAUCCUCAGCCUGAAGGCUCAGCUGAAGGAGGUGAGGGUGAAGAUGGAAGGGCUGGAGAUGAAGACCCAGGACCUGGAGGGCUCCCUGCGCACCAAAGCCAUGGAGCUGGAGGUGUGCGAGAACGAGCUCCAGCGCAAGAAGAACGAGUCCGAGCUGCUGAGAGAGAAGGUGAACCUGCUGGAGCAGGAGAUUGUGGACCUGCGGACGGAGCUCGCCGUCCUCAAGGAGCAGCUGAGCGAAGCCCGGGAGGUGGCCAGGCCCUGCGCCAUGGUGGACGAUGCUCAGGCCCUACAGGGAGAGGUGGAGAGGCUGAGGGCAGAGUUGAAGGCUGAACAGGACAACAACGAACAGAUGACCUCCAGCUUCCAGCACGAGCGGCAGACGUGGAAGGAGGAGAAGGAAAAGGUGAUUCACUACCAGAAGCAGCUGCAGCAGAGCUACCUGCACAUGUACAAGCGAAACCAGAACCUGGAGAAGAUGCUCCAGCAGCUCGCCGCAGGGGAAGACGGCAAAGAGCCCAUCGAGCUGGACAUAGCUGGCACCGACGUCCCCUACGAGGACAUCAUCGCCACCGAGAUCUGAGCCAGGUCUGCCUUCUCCUCCUUGCAGCUCAGGGGCGGGCGUCUCUUCCAGGCGAGAAGCGCUGCCCCGCAGCUCAGCCUGCGCCUUGUACAGUUCAGAUGAGCCAUGUAUUUAUUAGUGGAGCUGGUGGCCUGGCCGGCUCGCCAGCCCUUCUCCCCUCCCCGCGUCGCACCGCGGCGGUGCCCUCCGCUGCCUGUCGUGUUACAGAGGUGAACAAGCAACUCGUGCCAAUGGUGACGUGCCAGCAGCCCCCCCUCGCCCCCCUCUUGCCCCCUUGUAGGACUCGAGAAGCUGGCGACGGGAGCAGUCAGGGAACAGGACUUCAGCAAAUAAAUCUCCCGUCGGGUAACGAGAUGAUGCAAAACUCCCAGGGGAUGCUCUGCUCCAGGCUUGGAGGGAUCCCACGACGGCACAGCUCUGGGGACGGGGACACCACAGCCCUUUCAGAGGAAUCGGCCGCGGCACGUUUCCAGCCGCUCACAGCCUGGAGGAAGCUCCGUGCUGCUCUCACACCUCCGUAACAUUCCUCCGGUUGGUGCCGAUCCCCAGGUGCCAUGGGACCGAGGAGCCACCUCCUGCCACCGGCGCAGGCUGCACAGCCACGUCUCCCAUCCUGCGGCUGCCGUAGUGCCUCAGGAAGGACCCUACCCACACACACGCACACCCCACCUCGUUACAGGCAACACCCCCACCGAAAUCGCCUUUCACUAACGAGCACAGCCCACCCUGCACCCGUCCCGUCCCUCAGCCACGGCGGCACAUCCCUCCUCCCUGGACCUGCACAGCCACGGCGAGCCCGGCGUUCCCCGCUCUGACGGACAAGGGCUCAGUGCCCCUUUCCUCCAGCUGCCGGACAGGCAACUGGAUUUAAGAAUUAACAGAAAUUUCCAAGCCACAGUCUGAUCCAAGAAAGUGGGGGGGCAAUCGGUUGUGUUUGCCCCCUGCGACCGUCGCUCCCGGGAACCCCAGCUGCCUUACCUCCUCCCGUGCCCUUACAUCCACGGGAUCCCAGCAACAGGAGCUGAUUAAAAAAAAACCCCAAACCAACCACUUCCAUUUUGUUUUCUACCCCAGCUCUUAAAAUUUCCUCCUGCCGCCAGCCAGCGGAUAACCGGGCUCCACUGCACGUCACCAGUGAUGACUCUCCUGUCCCCCCACGGCUCGGCACGGGCCGGGAGGGAAUCGGCCAGCACCCGGCUUGCCAGGGUGGACGUCUCCAGCCGGGACCACUUUGUGCUAGUGCAAUGGUAUUUUUACUGCAACGUGUCUGUUUACCCACUACUGAGCCGGGCGCCAGCUCGGGAAGCCCCAUCCCAGGGUUGUGGGGAGGAGGGGGGGGAGUCUCGCACGAUCCCAUGCCGCAAAUUCGGCCAAGGGCUCAAAGCUGUGCACAAGCAGCAAAAUUCAGCAUCCCUCACCCCGCUCCAGCCAGCCUGUAAAGGCAACACACGGAAACCAGUCUGUGCCUUCCGCACCUGCCCCCGAGCACCCCCACCAUGUGCCCGUGCCGUCCCGGGGCAUCCCGGCCGGUCCCAGCGCCAGCACACAGCACAAGCCGAUCCUUAGCCGUGGUCCGCUGGAGAAAAGCCAACCCCAAAUCACGGCUCCAGCCCUGCGGCUGUAGGUCGGGGCCACGUCAGGUCAGCCAGCCUUUGCCCAGACCUGCUGAAGGAUGUUUUGGAGAGCUGAAAGAUCGGGGAUGAAGGAUGGGACCCGGCUCCGCUCUGGCUCAGAGGCCAGAAGGGAUUUUCUGCAUCAUCCAAGCCAUAGCCCUGCACCGAGGGCUCUGCUCCCCCUCCGCACCCCGCACCGGAGCCAGAGCAUGGCGACCAGGAGCUUUCCAGUGCCAAACACCCGCGGGGGGCCGAGGGGAGCAGAGCUCUCCCGGCUGCCCCGUCCCGCAGCCCCUGCCCAGCCCUGUUCCUGCUCCAUCCAGCCUCGGUGACACCGUCCCAGGUCCCUGUCACCCCAGCCCCGCGUCCUCCCCAGCCAGCGCUGUAUGAUGUGAUCGCCCGGAGGCAUCGACGUGCUGCCUUUGCACAAUGCUGUGUGUGACCGUCCGCAUCGCAGGUGUGUCGCUCCCGGUGUGAGCCGCAGCCGCCCUGCCCGCUCUGCGGCUGGCCAGGCUCAGCCUGUACAUAUAAUUAUUUUUCUGCAGGUUUUUUUGGAUGUUAUUUCUGGUGACCGAUGUAAACUACUGGUAAUUUUAUGUUUUUAUUUAUAAAUAAAUUUUUAAAAACU